AUGAAUGUUGCAUUCUGAUUAGUCGUCAAUUUUUCUCCGUUUCUUUCUCUUCCUCUGUGUUUUCGUUUCACAUCAAUGGCGGUGCACGCUGUUCGAUUGCCGGCAACUCAGCUUCACGGUGGAAUCUCUGGGAAUCUGUCUCAAGCGAAUCGCAAUCCAAACGCCGCAAUCCGAUUCGUUUGCGGAUCUUCGAAACGCUGCCGUUUCAUUUCCUCGUCACUUCGGGAUGGCGAUGAACAUGGUAAAGAGAGCUCUGUGAGAGCUAUGGAAGUGAAGAAGAUUCUGGAAGACUCACCACUGCUUCCUAAGCCGUUAUCAUCAAACCAGCUCGCGGAAACUGUCUCCAACGGCUCCCGAGUUCGUGUAGCCUAUCAGGGAGUACGAGGUGCUUACAGUGAAUCAGCAGCUGACAAGGCAUAUCCAAAUUGUGAAGCUGUUCCCUGCGAAGAGUUUGACACCGCAUUUGAGGCUGUUGAGCGGUGGCUUGUUGACCGAGCAGUUUUGCCAAUUGAGAACUCUUUGGGUGGAAGCAUCCAUAGAAACUACGAUCUUUUGCUGCGACACAAUUUGCAUAUUGUUGGGGAAGUCAAGCUAGCUGUUCGCCAUUGUUUGUUGGCUAACCACGGUGUAAAUAUUGAAGAUUUGAAAAGGGUGCUUAGCCAUCCACAGGCUCUCGCUCAAUGUGAAAACACGUUAACUAGAAUGGGAUUGGUCAGAGAAGCAGUAGAUGACACCGCUGGUGCUGCAAAGCAAAUUGCAUUCGAAAAGUUAAGUGAUGCAGCAGCAGUUGCCAGCGCCGAAGCUGCAAAGAUAUAUGGCUUGAACAUAGUUGCUGAAGAUAUCCAGGAUGACUCUGAUAAUGUUACAAGGUUUCUAAUGCUCGCAAGGGAACCCAUUAUCCCUGGAACUAACAGACUUUUUAAGACAAGUAUCGUUUUCUCAUUAGAGGAAGGGCCUGGAGUACUUUUUAAAGCACUUGCUGUGUUUGCCCUUAGGCAAAUCAACCUCACAAAGAUCGAAAGCCGCCCUUUGAGGAAACACCCUCUGCGAGCAUCUGGAGGGCUAAAAUACUUUGAUUAUCUUUUCUAUGUGGACUUUGAAGCAUCUAUGGCAGAUGAAGUUGCUCAGAACGCACUUAGGCAUCUCGAGGAGUUUGCUACCUUUUUGCGGGUACUGGGAAGCUACCCAGUGGACACAACAAUGCUCUAAACAUGUCGAACAUGGUCUUGAACGGCUCUGAAGAUAUCGUUAUUCUGGUGUAUGAGCCUAGCCAUAAGGUGGUGUGGUCAGAUGAUCACCCGUGCUCCUUACAAGACAUUCCUCUCUUGUCUCCAGUUGUCUUUGUUUUGCCUUCUGAUUUUUAAUUUUGUAUGGUCUCUUCCUUAAAAGAUAAGCUUAGUUUUUAGUAGAGGUAAGAAUAGCCCGACAUAAAAAAACAGGAUUAAAAAAAAAAAAAAAAAA